GACCAUUUCAAACAACGGAGCAGGCAAUUGCGCGACGCGACGAUGGACAACCCAACUUUUGCAACCGACUUGACACGCUGGCGUCUCUCGAGCCAGAAUGGGAUUCAUUGUUGGAGAUAUCUGACCAAGAGUGAUGGCGACGAGCCCAAGCAAACCGAGGUCGACCAGUACCUGCUGGGGAUUUUACAUCAUGAGAAGAAGGCGGCCGGGCGCUCUGAGGCCCGCUCCUUCGAAGACAGCGCCCGCGAUGGUUUCAUCUUCUUCACGCGUCUGCAGCUUGCCGAGGGCCAUUGGGCAUGCGACUACGGUAGCCCAAGCUUCCUGCUCCCCGGUCUCGUCUUCGCCAUGUUCAUCACAGGCACCGAGUUUCCCAAAGAGUCGAAAGUCGAAAUGGCCCGGUACCUCGAGAAGCACGCGAACGAGGACGGAGGCUGGGGUCUACAUGUCGAAGGCAAGUCGACCGUCUUCGCGACUGGCCUGUACUAUGUCAUGCUUCGACUCCUUGGCAUCGACCGGCAUCACCCUUUGGCCAGCAGGGUAAGGGACUGCCUGCUCUCGUUGGGCGGCGCCACUGGAAUCCCGCAAUGGGGCAAGAUAUGGCUCGCCUGUCUCAACCUCUACGACUGGGAGGGCAUCAACUGCAUUCCCGUCGAUUUCUGGCUGCUCCCCGCCUGGCUACCGUUCCAUCCUUCGCGGUGGUGGGUGCAGUGCCAUGUCGUUCAUCUCCCGACCUCGUACCUCUGGUCCAACCGCUGCACCAUACCAUUGACGCCGCUCCUUUCCGAGCUCCGGCGAGAGAUAUACACCGAGCAGUUUGGUAAAAUCAACUUUUCAUGCAUGAUCGGAUACCCGAACUACAAGUUCUAUUUUCCGGUUAUGGCCUUGGACGCAUACAAGCGGAUGUAUCUGCCGAAGAUCAAUGUGGCGAAGCAGUAGAGGUCUAGGUUGACUGCGACACGAGAAUGGUUUUUGUUGGCACAUGUUAAAGGAUAAGGAUUCUAUUCACCACAACGUCCAAGGGAGCACCCAU